AAUUUUGAAUGCCGGGUCGGUCUAGAAGUGAAUUGCAGGAAGAAUUCGGAAUUCUAACUCAAUUUAGAACGUUGGAUGGGCAAGCUCUUGCACGUUGAUUUGUGUAGGGUCGUAGGUAGGCCCUUGACUUUGUGGUUUGGACGGAUGAUAAACUAUAGAAAAUCAAUCGUGGAUUUGAUGUCCGGAAUGUGUCAGCUCGGAAGAUGUCAAAACGCUUGUUCACGAGCCUCUUCCAACGUCCAUCUCCCUCAUCUUCUUCGCCUCCUGCACAAGCAAAGAGAGAAGAAACUAGCGACACGAGCAUGGAAUCCAUCAACGUCUUGAAGGGCUACGGCAAACUGAACAGCCCCGAAGCUCCGAUUUCGCAGCACCACAGAGCCACCAAGAGACCUCUGAUAGUCGCCUUCACCGUCUCGUCGAUCGUUCUGCUGACCAUAGCUCUCGGCUUCCUCGUCGGAGCCCUCAUCCGGGAGUCGAACGCCGAGGAAUCGCAGGCGCAGUCGCUCAGAUCCAGCUCGGCCCAGUCGAUCCGGGCAGUCUGCAGCGUGACCCAGCACCAAGACUCGUGCUUCGCGAGCAUAUCCUCCCUCAACAGCUCCGUCAAGCCCGACCCAGGAGCCAUCUUCGAGCUCUCCCUCCGGGUGUGCGUCGACGAGGUGUCCAACGCCUCCCUGUUCGUGCGGGACCUGGUCAAGAACUCGAACGACGCGGGCUCCAAGGGCGCUCUCGGGGACUGCGCCGAGCAGCUGGAGGACGCGAAGAGCCGGCUCAACGACUCGGUGGCGGCUAUGGACGCAGGGCCGGGACAGAUGGCCUUGACGGAGCUCAAGAUCAGCAACAUCCAGACGUGGGUGAGCGCGGCCAUGACGGAUCAAGAAACGUGCCUGGAGGGGUUGCAGGAGAUGGGGUCGACGGUUCUUGAUGAGGUCAGGGAUCGGUUCACCAGGCCGAGGGAGUUCAUGAGCAACAGCUUGGCGAUUUGUGCUCAGAUGAGCGCCAUUCUCGAUAAGUUCGACAUGGGUAUGCAUUGAUCUUUCUUG